AUGCAUCUACCAACAAUCACCUCUCUCCUCCUCGCCGCCGCCCUCCCGGCAGCCGCACGCAGUUUGGCCGGCGCAUCUUUCUCCGGCCUCGCCGCUUGGGCCGAGCAAGCCGAGCAGCACCUCGUCCGCCGUCAGGACCCUACUGUGCCAGGCGCGCCUCCCGCGCCCCCGGCCGAUGGUGGCCGAGGCAAGGGCAAGGGCAACCAGGGUAAAGGAAAAGGAGGCCAGAAUACUGGCAAGGGCAAGGGAGGUCAGCAGGGAGCUCCGCCUGCACAGGGAGCUCCGCCCGCACAGGGAGCUCCGCGUCCAGGUCAGCUUGGAGAAGCCGAGGUAGAGGACCUGCGAAGCCCGCCCGGAACCCAGCGCGCAGACCAGCCCGGAGCCCCUCCCGCCGGAGGCCAGCGCGGAGGCCAAGGCAAGGGAAAGGGAGCCCAGGGUAAAGGCAAGGCGGGCCAACAGGGAGGCCAGCGAGGCCAGCAGGCCGGCCAGCGCGGAGGUCAAGCUAAAGGCAAGGGAGCCCAGGGCAAAGGAGCAGGUGCACAAGGAAGAGGCGCCAGAGGUGCGGGAGCUCGUGGGCAGGCGCCAGGAAAGGCACCGGCCCCUGCCCCCAAUGAUGACGACGAGGAAUAG